AUGACCCCGCAUGCAUGAACGUGUGGUAGCACCAUAUAAAGUCACUCACAUCGUUGAAACACGCCGCUGGUGAAUGCAAGGGAGGCUUUUCUAGCGCGUUCACAAUUCGAAUGGGGCUGCAAUGGCAGGGAUUGUGACAGCCCAAAGCACAAACCCCGCUCGCAGCCUGUUUGUUUUCCAGUUGAAUUCCACCUCAUCAGAUAAUUCAGCACUCCCUCCCAUGCUACCAUCCAGAAUUUCUCGGGCUCUCAUCUCUCAGUAUUCAACACUCUGUCGGUGCACUCUUGGCCAAAUGAGUUCCAUUCAGAGGAGCCAGAUCAUACGCGCACCUUCGGAGGAGCCUAUCAACGGAAUCAAAUCCGUAUUCCUCGCAGGCACAACCACCGCAGUCGAUAAUGUUGACUGGCGCGAAAAGCUAUCUGCCUCGCUUUUUGAGCAUCCGAUAACUAUUUUCAAUCCAAACCGCCCAGAUUGGGACAGCACAUGGCGUGAGGACAUCACCUUUGCUCCAUAUCGUGAGCAGGUCUUGUGGGAGCUUGACAAACAAGCGAAGGCCGACCUUGUCGUGGUUUAUUUCCACCCAGCUACAGUGGCUCCAAUAAGCCUGCUCGAAUUUGGGCUCUCUGCGCAGAUCCCUGGCAAAGUCGUUGCCAUAGCCCCGGAGGGAUAUUCGAAGAGGGGCAAUGUGCAGAUAGUUUGCCAGAAGUUCGGGAUCGAAUUCCUGGAUAAUAUCGACAAAUUACAUGAGAUUAUCAUACAUAAGUUAUCUCUCAAUCGAUGACUAUCCAACCUUACUUACCUUCUGUGAUGCGGCGAGAUAAUUGGCAUUACCCGUCAAAUGGAGACUCAGAUGGUGUGACGGCUGGCGUAACGGCAUGAUCUGCCGAGGACAGGAUAUCGGAAACAGGUGCAAAACGAAGCUAAGCCGGAAUGCUUGGGCGGGACAAUACUAAAAGGUCGAGGCAUCCUCCCUACGUUGUUCCACAGCUUAGUAUUUUCCAAUACAUGAGAUUCUUUGAACUUUGAGCCUUCGACCAUUGCAUUGAUCCCGCCGUCACAGAUGGGAGACGAAGAGUCAAGAGUGGACGGAUUUCAUAUGAAACUUACUACAUUCAAAGCGCUUUCCGGGCACUGCCAUAUCAGAUAUAUGUGCCUAGUUAUAUAUUGUAGCGAAUACAGU